AUGGCGUACAAAGGAGAUAUCAGCAGAAGAGUGACCAUGGAUGAACUCUUAAAAGAAGCAACCAGAUGUCCCAUCUGCACAGCUUACUUAGAAAAGCCAAUGUCCUUGGAGUGUGAAUGUGUCUUCUGCCUCAGCUGCACCAAUUCACUGCAGAAGGAGCCCCAAGGGGAAGGUGUCUUGUGUCCCUUCUGCCUAGAGGCUUCUCAGAAAAACAACAUCAGGCUCAAUCGGAAGCUGGGGAGGCUGGUUUCGCACAUUAAGGAACUGGAACCCAAGCUGAAAAAGAUUCUGAAGAUGAACCCAAGGAUGCGGAAGUUCCAAGUGGAGGUGACCUUGGACGUUGACACGGCUCACAACCUCCUCCUCAUUUCUGAAGACCUCAGGAGCGUCCGAUGUGGGAGGAUCCAUCAGAAUCGGCCAAACAGUGCUGAGAGAUUCGACUUGGCAGGUGCUGUCCUGGGCUCCCCUGGUUUCACCUCUGGCCGCCACUACUGGGAGGUGGACCUAGGAACAAGCGAAGAAUGGAAUCUGGGAGUCUGCAGAGAAUCUGCCAACCGCAAAGGGAACAUCCAAAUGACCAUAGAGGAUGGAUUCUGGAUUGUGAGCUUGACAGCUGGGGGCUUCCACUUUGCUAACACAAGCCCUCUAACACCCCUCUGGGUGAACCCCAAUUUAGAGCGAGUGGGGAUAUUUUUGGAUAGAGGCAUGGGAGACAUCUCCUUUUACCACCUUGGAGAUGGAUCCCACAUCUAUACAUUCACGAAAGUUUUUCCUGAGGAGCCACUGCGCCCAUAUUUUGCUCCUUCCACUCUCCCAGAUCAGGGUAUCCUGAGUGUCUGUCCUGUGAUAAAUCCAGGCACUGCCCAUCCUCUAGUCCAUCCCGGGGAGGGCAAAUAA